AUGGCUGCAGGAUUGCUGACAACCUGGUCACAGGACUCGGUGACCUUCGAGGAAGUGGCAGUGGACUUUUCACAGGAGGAGUGGGCACUGCUGGACCCUGCUCAGAAAAUCCUGUACAGAGACGUGAUGCUGGAGAACUUUAGGAACCUAGCCUCAGUGGGGUAUCAUCUCUGCAAACACAGUCUGUUCACUGAGGUGGAGCAGGAAGAGCUGAGGCCAGAGCAGAGACGAAUUCUCCAAGGUGCUUAUAGAGACCAGGAUACUCAACUUAAAUCAAAAGACGCAAUUCUUACACAGAAUGUUCCUGGGGAAAAAACUUCCAAUGGCAUAAAAACGGCAGCAACUCACCCUGAUGAGAAACCAAUGGAAUUUAAUCAUUGUGGAAAAUUCUUUAGAAAGAACUGUCACCUUAUUUGUCCAAGAUAUUGCAAGAGAGAGAAAUGCUACAAAUAUAAAGAAUAUGGGCAAGGCUCUGGCCAUCCCUCAACUCUUAGGAGUCAUGUGAGUACUCACACUGGAGAGAAAAUUAUUGAAUUUAAUGGUUGUGGAAAAUUUUUCAAUCAAGAGUCAUCCCUUAGGAAACACUUAACUCUCACAGAAGAGAAAUCUUCUGAGCAUAAUCAACAUCUUAUGUCCUUCAACUUACACUCUUCCUUUUCAGUACAUGAACAAAUACCUACUGGAGAGAAACUCUGUGAAUGCAGUGACUAUGGAAAAAGAUCUUCCCUUAGUUUCCACAAAAAAAUGUGUACUGUGAAGGGAAACUCAAAAUGUAAUGAACAUGAGAAAGUUUUCACUGGCCCCUUGUCCCUUCAGAUAUGUGUGAGACCUCACACUGGAGAGAAACGUUAUGAAUGUAGCAAUUGUGGGAAAGCCUUUGUUUUUCAGUCUUCCCUUAAGAAACAUGUGAGAUCACACACUGGAGAGAAACCUUACAAGUGUAAUCAUUGUGGAAAAUCCUUCAGCCAGAGCUCUCAUCUUAAUGUGCACAAAAGAACUCACACUGGAGAGAAACCCUAUGACUGUAAGGAAUGUGGCAAGGCUUUCACUGUUCCUUCAUCCCUUCAGAAACAUAUGAGAACCCAUACUGGAGAGAAACCCUAUGAAUGCAGUGACUGUGGGAAAUCCUUUAUUGAUCAGUCAUCCCUUAAGAAACAUACACGAUCUCACACUGGAGAGAAACCUUAUGAGUGUAAUCAAUGUGGAAAAUCCUUCAGUACAGGCUCUUAUCUUAUUGUGCACAAGAGAACUCACACUGGAGAGAAAACCUAUGAAUGUAAAGAAUGUGGGAAGGCCUUUAGGAAUUCCUCUUGCCUAAGGGUACAUAUGAGAACUCACACAGGAGAGAAGCCCUAUAAAUGUAUUCAGUGUGGAAAAGCAUUCAGCACCAGCACUAACCUUAUAAUGCACAAACGAAUACAUACUGGGCAGAAACUAUAUGAAUGA